AUUGAAAGAAAAGUUGCCUUUCGACCGCUCUUUGACCCUAAAAGGGAUGUCGAUGCUGGGAGCCAAUAUUGUUGGCGAUAUUGGUUUAUUGAAGUCGCUUCUAUUUUCUGCCUCCCCUCAAUUUUCCAGGGUUCUCCGAAAGCGGAGUAGAAAGAUCUUCGUUGCAAUAGGUAGUUUGCAGACAUGGACACUUCUGGGAAAGUUAUCAAAUGUAGAGCAGCUGUGGCUUGGGAAGUCGGCAAACCACUUUCUAUUGAAGAGGUAGAAGUGGCUCCACCAAGGUCUCAUGAAGUUCGUGUCAAGAUAAUAGCCACUGGAAUAUGUGGGACAGAUGACCAUGUUCUGGAAGGUUCUUUCCCCAAAGUAGAGUUUCCGGUCAUUCCUGGCCAUGAAGGAGCCGGAAUAGUAGAGAGUGUUGGGCCAGGGGUGACAUGUGUAAAACCAGGCAGCUGCUUUGGCCUCUUGUCACAUGGGCUGUGGGAUCUGUGUGGUGAUUGGGAUGCCCCCCCUAGGUGCUAAAUUCCCAUUGGAUCCUAUGCUGCUUCUUACAGGGCGCACCAUAAAAGGGAGUUUCAUUGGAGGCUGGAAGAUGAAAGAUUCAAUUCCUCAACUGGUCUCCAGUUACAUGGAAGGAAAAUUUAAACCAGAUGUUCUGAUCACCCACAUUUUACCGUUCAGUGAUAUUGGGAAAGGAUUUGACUUGCUUCGUGCUGGAAAGAGCAUUCGUACCGUCUUGAUGUUUUAAGUGGCUCAGCUUGCUGAAUCGGUCUGGAAGUCUUUAGCAUGGGAACCACGAAGAUUACCCAUUUCCUUGGCCCUAUGUUUGUUCUGAAAAUACUGGAAAAAGACAUUCCUAUUUUGUUUCUCGGCGUGUUUAUGUUUAGACCAUAGCAUAAACGACAUGAUUUACACGAUGGAAAGUUGAUUUUACUUGGCCCCAGAUGGGGAAAAAAAAUCAAUCCAAAUCAUGAUCUUAGUUUUAAUUAUCACAGAUAAUUAGCAUAAUCCAAUUUUAAGGCUCCAAAGUGAGGGGGGUGAGAUCAAUUGUAUCUACUGUAUUUUUUGGAGUAUAAGAUGCACCUUUUUCCCUCAAAAAAGAGGCUGAAAAUCUGGGUGCAUCUUCCACACUGAAUACAACAUUUUUGGCCUGAAACCCCGCCCCCUUCACCAAAAUGGCCAUGCAUAGCAUCUAGGAAGCUUUCAGGGUGCUCCUAGGGAGGGCAGAAAUUAGCGAAAAACGGACUGAUUUUUGCUCAAUUUUGCCCCCCCCCAUCUCCCAGGAGCACUCUAUAAACCUCCUAAAGGCUAUUCAUGCCCUUUUUUAAAAAAAACAGACCCGUAUUCACACAAAAUAGACUAUUUUUGGGAGGUCUGCAGAGUGCACACACUUUUUUUUAUUUGCCUCUUUGAAAUCUUGGUGUGUCUUAUA